UCUCUGACAUAGUCACCAUCUUCUGUGAAGUCAGACUAACAGUCUGUAGACGUCUGAUAAAUGGCGUUAUUCAUCCCUGAUAUGGCUGGUCAUCUGUUGUUGGUCAUCCUCCUUUUCGAAACCUUCCAAUACAUCGAAGCCAAAGAUCUUCCUCGGCCCAGUCUAACAGUGAUUCCUGCAGUCAUCAAAGAGAGAGACUCAGUUCAGCUGAACUGUCAGACUCCUCCAUCUGUCUCUGAGUGUUACUUCAAAAUAGAGGGGCAAGUAGAAUUCACCCUACCAUCAACCUGUCAACAGACACUCACAGGAACACUACUGGUGAAGUGGACAGGUCAGAGUUCACCAGCUGAGGUCAAAAUACAAUGUCAGUACAGAGCUACAGGUACACUGUUUAGAUCCAUAAUCAGUGAGCCUUCAACAGUCACAAUUCAGGACAUUCCUCAGCUGACAGUGAGUUCUUCAGUCAUCAGAGAGACAGAAUCAGUUCAGCUGAGUUGUGAGACUCCUCCCUCUCUCCCUGUGUCUCACUGUUACUUCUACAUGGAGGGGGAGAAGAUUCUUCCAGACUCAUCGUGUACGCAGGCAAUAACAGGAACUGAGCUGCUGAAGAGGGCAGGUUCAACAUUUCCAGUUGUGGUCAAAGUGACAUGUUACUACACUGUAUGGGAGUCUCACACAUCUCCUUUAAGUGACCMUGUCUCAGUCACUGUUCAGGACCCACCUCCUCCCAGGCUGACAGUCAGCUCUACAGUCAUCAGAGAGAGAGACUCAGUUCAGCUGAGCUGUCAGACUCCUCCAUCUGUCUCUGUGUCUCAGUGUUACUUCUACACAGAGGGGAGAGAUCCUAAACACUCACCCUGUACGCGUUCACUCACGGGGACUGAGCUGCUCUUGUGGGCAGGUCAAAGUUCAUCUGCUGAGAUCAAACUGAGAUGUUUUUACACUGUAGAAACUCACUAUCCAUCGAUGCACAGUGGUUCUGUCUCUGUUACUAUUCUUGAUCCAAAACCARACAUUACAGUCAAUUUUGAUGGGUACUUCACCAUCAUCURUUUGAUUCCUGGAUCMGUCAGUCCUGACACCACCUGUAACCUGUAUGUUGGAGAGGAGAGUCAGCCAUCCUUCACAGCAAAGAUCUGGAAAGAAAAAAGCAAAGCUUCCAAACAGUGGUUCUGUAGAUUCAAUGUAACUGAGAGUGAUCUGAUCAGAAGUCUACAGUCAGUGAGGCGUAAGGAGGUGAGCUGUGACUACAGAGUGAGCUCAGGACCAAACUCUCUCUCACCACGCAGUGAUGGGAAAAGCUUUGCACAUCUGGUGGGAGUUCCCAUCAGUGAUCCAACAACUAUACAGACACCUUCUAUAGCAGGUAGGCCACACAUUUAUACAGCUGUUACACAUGUUUACCUUUGUUUCAUUAUGAUUUUUAMCAGAACACUGUUGUUGUGAUCAAAUUAUUAACAUUGUCCUAGGACAACAGUGAAUCCUACAACAGGUGUGUUGGUCCUCUAGAGACAAUUUUCAUUUUUAUUGCAAAUAUCCAAUUGUAAGUACACAACACGUCAACCCUAUACUUAUUAGUAAUCUUGAGUAUAAAUAUGAAACAUUCAUAAUUAAUG